GUGUUUAAUCAUAUAACCAUGGACCAAUCAGAUGUUAAUACCAAAUUAAAACAUAAAGAAUGGAGAAAAAUUGCAAAAAAGUUUAGGAGAAAACGUUUGCGGCAGGCUUUUGCAAAGGCCAGAGAUGAAGAGCAAGAAAAAUUACAAUCGCUGUUAGAAAAGGAUCCUAAAUAUAUCGUAUGGCAGACUGAACAAAAGGCACUAGAAUUGUUUAAAAAACAAGAAGAAGAACGAAUUAGAGACGAAGAGCACAAAAAAUGGCUAGAAAAUGAAUUGGAGGCACAGAAAAAAUGGAAAGAAUUACAAGAAAAACUCAAAGCAGCUAGGGAACUCAAAGAAAAACAGCAACAGUUAAUUAAAAAGGAAUGGGAAGAACAACAGAAGAAAAUUGAAGAAGAACGUGAACGUAAGGCUAAAAUCCAAAAAGAACAAGAAGAAAGAUAUAGAAUUCUUAUGCAAAAAAUUGAAGAUUUUAUAAAAGAUGGUGGUAAAAUUCCUGAUGAGCUGAAAACACCUAAAGACACAAAUCCAUCAAAGCCAUUGUGCCCAUUCUUUACUAAAAUUGGUGCGUGCAGAUUUGGAGAUAGUUGUUCAAGAAAUCAUCAAAGUCCAGGGAUCAGCAAAGUUCUCUUGUUAAGAAAUUUUUAUACUCAUUUUGGAAUUGAAAAAUGUUUUCAAUCAGAAUAUGGAAAUGAUAUGGCAUUAGAAUAUGAUGACAAGGAAACAUAUGAACACUUCAAAGAGUUUUUCUUUGAUACAAUAGCUGAGUUUAAAAAAUCUGGACGAGUUGUCCAAUAUAAAGUGUGCUGUAAUACAGAACCCCAUCUCAGAGGAAAUGUUUAUGUGGAAUAUGAAAGAACAAGAGAUGCUUUGAAAGCCUACAGGCAAUUUCAGGGCAGAUGGUAUGGCGGUAAGCAAUUAAAUGUUGAAUUCAGUGGCGUAUCUUCUUGGAAAAAGGCAAUAUGCGGCAUGUUUUUCAAAAAAUUAUGCCACAAAGGUCAAGCAUGUAAUUUUUUACAUGUUUAUAAAAAUCCUGGGAAUUUGUUUUUAAAUGCAGACAAAGAUUUACACCGAGUCGGUAAUCUGAGUGACCACAAAAAUGAAACAAAUUAUAAUGAAACAUUUGAAGAUCCAUUUGAUAAUGACGACAGCAGAAGGAAUUGGAGAUGGUCCGAAUCACCAGAACCUCCAUCAGCAACUAAGAAACACGAUGAUAAUAACAAAAGAUCUGAAACACAUAGAAGAGAUCGUACACCUAGAGAGCGCUCAUAUAGAAGCGAAAGGUCUUCACGACGUUUAUCAAGUGAAAGCAGUAGGAGUGAUAGGAUUUAUUAUAGCAGAAGUUCAAGAGAAAAACACCAUAAUUUUUCAGAAAGAUCAACUUAUAGAAAAAGUUAUAUUAGAGAUGAAUCAAAACGGAGAAGAAAUGAUAGUGAGGAAUUAUUUUCUAAGGAUGUAAACAAAAGAAGUAGAAAUAAGUAUGAUUUGUAA